AUGGGAUGGGAGUGUACAAACUGUGAAGAUUAUGUUUUAUGUCAAGUUUGUAAACCUCAAUCAUAUAUUCAUCAUCAUCCGAAUGAUCAUGUGUUCGAACUUAUGCAACAUUCAGAAUCUGCUCCUCAUUGUAAAUCCAAAUCGUCAAAUAUUCAUGAUCAUCCAAAUAAUCAUGCUUUUCAACCUAUCGGAUAUCCAGAAUUUAAAUUUGAUAUUGAAGAGCCAAAUCCUGCUAUUUGUGACUAUUGUGAAUCAAGCUGCGUCCUUGCAGUAUGUCGAAAAUGUGCCAACGGUGAAUUUUGUGUAGAAGAAUACGAAAUAUUUCAAGUUAUAAAAAGAUAA